AUAAAAUAAAAAAAUAAAGCAAAUAUAAAAAUUAAAAAUUUAAAAAUGGGACGUUCAGUAAGAAAAUUAUAUGAAAAAUUUAGGUUUGAUCUUGAAAUCGCAAAAUCAUUGGCGCCAUUGAUGCCACUAGAAGAUAAUCUUGCAAUGCAACAAUGGAUAUGCAAACUUAGCUCACUUAGCGAUCCAAUAGAUAUUGUAGAAUUAAAAAUACACCAUGUUUAUUUGUCGAUUAUGUUGUUGAUUAUGGAGAAGGGAAAAAAAGUUGUGGCACCAUUUAGCGCAGAACCGCCAACUGAUCGUUUGAUACCAAUAUCUAGCUAUGUGCAAGAUCCUGAGGAAACAGAAAAUUUCAUGAGUAUAUUCGAAGCAGAAGAUAUAUUGAAUUUGAAAGCCAUCGCAGAUGCUAAAAAAAAUAAACGUAUUGGAAAGUGUGAUCGACCUAUAAUAACGCCUCCAAUGUUUUUUGAGUCAAUGCCACAACCAUAUAAAGGUGUUGUAUGCUUUGGAGCAGUAUUUUGUGAAGAUUCAGGGGAAUUAUCACAAAAUGAUAAUUAG